UUUCAUUUGGACAAUUUUUUGGUAUUUUUAUGGGAAAAGUGAUCCUAGAGAUUAUUCAGGAAUCAGUAAAGAAGAAUUAGAUUGGAUUUUUGAAAAUAAAUCAAUAGUUGAUUCUGAAGAAAAUUUUGGUCAUUAUCAAUCAGGAUCUGGUGAACAUAUUGCGAUUUCUGAUGAUCAUAACAUUCCUGAAGACGAAAAUGAUAUAUUAUUACCAAAAAGUCAAAUAUCAUCAAAGCCACGUUAUAUACAGAAAAUUCCUUGGAAAUUAAUAUUUUCUCGUCGUGAAGUGUGGGCAAUUAUGAUCAGUCACUUUUUUUAUUCUUGGGGCUAUUUUAUUCUAAUUAGUUGGCUACCAACAUUUUAUAAUGAAUAUCUUCACGUAGACAUUAAUCUCAUUGGAUAUUACACAGCUUUACCUUACUUUUCGUACAUCGUGAUUGGAUCUAUAGUCGGCUAUAUCUGUGAUUAUGCGAUUCAUCAAUUAAAAAUUCGUGUUUUAACUGUACGAAGGUCCACUAAUAUUAUCGGAACUCUUGGAAUAUCAACAUCUCUUUUACUUAUGGAUAUCGCGCCAAAAUAUGCUGGUGUAAUUUAUGCCUUAGGAAAUACUUGUGGAAUGGCUCCAGCUUUUUUUGGUGUAGCAUUAACAGGUUGGAUUUUAGAUGUUACGAAUAAUAAUUGGAGUAUUAUUUGGAUUAUAUGUUCUUUAUUUUAUAUUAUUGGAUCAAUAUUUUUUGUUAGCUGGGCUGGUGGCGAAAUAAUAAUUGAUUAA